AUGAAAACAAUAACAAAAAUGUUGUUACCCAGUGUUGGAGUACAAUUCACUCCAUUCUCAAUUCACAAAACACAUACAACACGACCAACAACACCACAUUCUUUGAAAAAACAUUCACUUUCAAAUUCAACCAUAAACAUGUCAUCAUCAUUUCCCAAAAACACAAACAGGAAGCUUCCAAUUCUUCUAUUUGAUAUCAUGGACACCAUUGUUCGUGACCCUUUCUACAAAGACAUCCCUUCUUUCUUCGGUAUGUCCUUCAACGAACUCAUAGAUUCCAAACACCCAGCCGCAUGGAUUCAAUUCGAAAAGGGUCUCAUUGAUGAGGUGGAGCUAGCAAGAAUUUUUUUUAAGGAUGGAAGGGAUUUUGAUUUAGAAGGCCUUAAAGCUUGUAUGAGUAAUGGGUAUUCAUACAUAGAAGGGAUUGAACAAUUGCUUCUAGCCUUAAAGAAAAACAAUUUUGAGAUGCACGCUUUUACUAACUAUCCUAUAUGGUACCAGUUGAUCGAAGACAAACUAAAGCUAUCAAAAUAUCUAUCUUGGACAUUUUGUUCGUGCACAUAUGGAAAGAGGAAACCAGAUAGUGAAUUCUAUAUGGAAGUCGUGAGGCAUCUCGAAGUUGAUCCAGCAGAUUGUAUUUUCAUAGAUGACAGUUAUUGUGUUCUUAGACAAAAAAAUGUGGAGGCAGCAGCUAAAGUUGGGAUCAAGGGUGUACAUUUCAAGAAUGUCGAUUUACUGCUCGAAGAACUGUCAUUGAUUGGGAUUGACAUUUUAACAGAUGAAGAUCAAUAG